UGUCUUCCUGUUCGCCUGCCUGAGUGUUGAUGUGCGGACAAUGGACGGGGUAAAUGUCUUAAUUGCUGUUCAGAAGGUGUACUACCCUCUACUGUGCAUUAUGGGAAUACCAGCCAACCUCUUCACCUGCUACAUGAUCUGCUUCCGUAAAUGCGGCAUGUCAGAGACUGCAACUGUUUACCUGGGCUGCCUAGCUUUGGUGGAUACCUUCUACUUGGUGUGGGUGAUCCUUCUGGACCUGUGUCUUGUCUUCCUGCAGGUCCAGCCCUUCUGGCACUCCCAACCAUGGUGUGGCAUAAUGGGCGUACUGCAGUACGGUGCCCUGUACAGCUCAUCCUGGAUAGUCGUGAUGUUCACCAUAGAGCGCUAUCUGGUUCUGAGCAUUACUAUAGCCAAACAACGAUUCCACCAGGCCCGAACUGCUCUGUUCAUCUGCGUGACUAUUAUACUGCUGUCUCACAUUGCAUCAGUUCCCAUGAGCUGGAUCAAUACGGUCACGCCAACUAAUAUCACCAUCAAAGGACAGAAUAUCACUGUACCGCGGUGUCGCUAUAGGGAUGCGAUGUAUGCCACGGUUCUGGUCUGGGUCACCACUUUUCUUUCAGGUGGAGUUCCCAUUGUUCUCAUCAUAAUUUUUAACUCGUUGAUUGCACAUCACCUGAUCUGUUCCAGUCAGCUGUUCACCAAGGAGGAGCGGAGGGCAAUCAGGGGUACAAAUACACGUGGCAUAGUCCGACGCACCAUCCUUUUGCUUGGGACGGUCUCCAUAGCAUUUGUGGUCCUAAGCCUUCCUCGAUUUGUUACGUAUUGCAUCCUUCGCACAAAAUACAACUACAGGGAGUUUGACCGCAGUGACUACAGCAUGACCAUCAAUAUUAUUAGCGAUCUGGCCAACAUGCUGCAGAACCUAAACUCAACCACCAACUUCCUGCUCUACUGCAUGGUCAGUAGGAGCUUCAGGCAGGAGCUGGUGAACACACUGACCUGCCAGGCUAGAACCAGAGAACCAAGCUCAGUCCUUAACCAGACAACCAGGACGGUGAAGGUCUUCUCAGUGGUGGACCACAAAGAGACGCUGAUCAUAGAUCCUGUCCACGCUGUCCUUACGAGGCUAAGAAGAACCGAGGGGAGCUAAGCCUGUGAUUUCUUGUGGACUAGAGAAGAACUUGACAAAAAAUAAAAAAAUACAGCAGGACUCAUCAAUAGGAUGGCCAGUGGACUGGGGCCAGUGUGUGAGAGUUUAGGCCAGAAUUUCACUCACCCCACUGAGCCAGAGCUUAUUUUGUUAUGUUGCAACAAUCUUACAUCCAUUGUACAUAUGUUUUUAUGCCUUGCAAACUUAAACAUUUUGUUUUCUGUGGUUUAUUCUGCUGAUGUAAAUAUAUAUGGGUGAUUCUCAUGAAACCUGUCAAAAGAAAUUUCUAGUUACAUUUAACCCCAAAUCAAUAAAUAAAAAAUGUAUAUACACUCACUGAGUCCUUUAUAAGAAACACCUGUACACCUAUUUAUUCAUGCAAUUGUCUAAUCAGCCAAUCAUGUGGCAGCUGUGCAAUGCAUAAAAUUAUACAGAUAUGGGUCAGGAGCUUAAGUUAAUUUUCACAUCAAACAUCAGAAUGGAAAGAAAUGUGAUCUCAGUGAUUUUGACCAUGGCAUGAUUGUUGGUGCCAGAAAUGUCUUGUUGAUGAGUGAGGUCAACAGAGAAUCGCCAGACUGGUUUGAACUGACAAAGUCUAUGGUAACUCAGAUAACCACUCUGUACAAUUGUAGUGGGCAGAAUAGCAUCUCAAAAUGCACAACACAUCGAACAUUGAGGCAGAUGGGCUACAACAGCAGAAGACCACGUCGGGCACUUUAUUAGGACCAUAGUGUUCCUAAUAAAGUGCUCAGAGAGUAUAUUUGAAAAUAUAUUUUGCACACACACACACACACACACAAAAAGUCUACAUUUAGGACCAUUAAGAUUUUUUGCAUUGUGACAUUAUUUUCAGGACAGUUAAACACAUUUUACUCCCCAGUUCUCGUUACUGUAAUGUGUCCGGUCAUUUUACAUUUACUAUUCCCAUUACUUUUAAUGAUGAUUCUCAUUAAUGUAUUACAGUUAAAAAAUAAUCUGUUGUAUUUUUCAUUUAAAAUCAGCAAAAAUGAAAGGCAGAAACAUGGGAGGAUUACUAUGUUUUCCAUUAAUACUAUGUCACAAUGUAAAAACUUGAACGGCCCUAAAAAUAGGCUUUAUUUUCCAUACGUAAAAUAUAUUAUCUUAUUUUUUUCUUUUGAUUUUAGAUUAAAAUAGGGUCAGGACAUUUUCAUGAGAAUCACCUCUGUCAGAUAAUGUGUUGAUAUAGAUGACUUUUUGUUGAAAUUGCAAGAGAGAUUUGUAUCAGUAACAAUGUUUUUAAAAAUUGUAAACAAAUCAGUGAUUUUUUGGCACUGUAUGCCAUCAUGUUCCAGCAAAAGUGUUUAUGAAGUUUAUA